AUCUAAGACAACACAUAAAACAUGCAUUUGCAUCAGCGAGGCUGUCUGAGUACCGCGGCCACAGCGAGCAGAGCUGCGGGAAACUGAACACACCGCUUGCAAAAGACACAGUGAGAGGAGAAAAGUGUUAAAACAACCGGGACUUCCUGCACAGACAACACACAAGAGCGGAACUAUGAUGCACGACACCUCACCGAGAAUAUAACCUCGAACUGCCUUUUCACCGACUCUGGGACUGAAUCUAUUUUCUGCACAGAGCCAUCUGGGUGUGUUCCAUCAUCCAAAAGAUGCAUAUGAAUAGCUUAUUAAAUCAAUGGACGGACAUCUCCAGGAUGUGUGAUGUGGAUGUGUCCUCUGAGCCCACAAGUCCCACCCUGUACAGUGAGUCUUCAGACAAGUACUACCAUGUGGACCGCUGGCAGAAGCUACGCACCGCAGUCCGCAAACUGGAGUUCUGGGAGAACUUUACUGCUGAGCUAAUUGGGAGUGGUUUCUUCUCUAAAGUUUAUAAGGUGAUGCAUAGCACCAGUCGGAAGGUGAUGGUGGUGAAGAUCUAUAAAAACGACGUGGACCAAGACAGCAUCGUACGAGAGAUCAGCCUUUUGCAGAAGCUCUCGCACCCCAACAUCGUCAGAUAUCUGGGAAUCUGUGUCAAGGAAGACAAACUCUAUCCAAUCUUAGAGUAUGUCAAUGGUGGCUGUCUAGAGGAGCUUCUGGCUAGGAAAGAUGUUCCCCUGUGCUGGAGAGAGAAGGUGGACCUGGCCUGUGAUAUAAGCAGGGGGAUGAUCUACCUGCACUACAAGAACAUUUACCACAGAGACCUCAACUCGAAGAACUGUUUGAUCCGGGUGACGUCGCGGGGGCGGGAGGGCCUGGUGACUGACUUUGGCCUCGCCAGGGAAGUGGUGGAGCUGCCAGUCAAAGACCCCGACAGGAAGCUGUCACUGGUGGGCUCGGCCUUUUGGAUGGCCCCAGAGAUGCUCAGAGGAGAGCCAUAUGACCGCAAGGUGGAUGUUUUUUCCUUUGGCAUUGUGCUCUGUGAAAUCCUCGCCAGAAUCCCCGCUGACCCAGAGAUACUACCCAGAACGCAGGACUAUGGACUGGAUGUGACUGCAUUCAGAGAGCUGGUGUCUGACUGUCCUCAGCGUCUUUUGGAGUUAUCAGCCAGCUGCUGCAUGGUGGAGUCCUUCAGGCGACCUGCGUUCAUAGAGUUGCUGGAUGAGCUGGGAGAAGUUGCUGAGAGUCUGGAGCCACCAGCAAAAUCUGAUGUCACCACGACAUGAGUCACCUGGGAAUGCCAUCCAUCCGCAACAGCACUGGAGCAUCAGGAAGAUUGACUGAACAUGAGGGAAAAAACCCUGAAUAUUUCAGCCCUCUGUGGCAUCACUCUCCUCCACUGCUCAACACAUGGCUGAACUGAGGUGAUGCAUAUGUGUGUUUUUGGAGGACAGUGGACACUUUACUUUGACACACUUUGUGUACAGACAAAUAGUAGUUUGACUCGUAGGAGUGAAUAUACAGUGUGGUCUGUUUUCUUGCCACACUUCUUUCUUGACUAAAAGGCUUUCCUCGCUUCCUCCUGUUCUUUGUGAGUGGUUUGUUUGUAACCAACAACACAGAUGAUCAAGUCUGUUGAUGUAUUUUCUGCCUCUUCUAUCUGCUCACACAUCGGUUUUGAUUCUGUAGGCCUGGACUCCAGUUCACCGCUUCUCCUACAGCAAAUUGCAUUUGUUGAUGUAGUAGGAAUGGCCUGCUCUCUACUGUGACUUUAAUAAACAUCACUUCAUAUAUGAUGGGACACAAAGCUAUUGAGAAAGCAGAGCAGCCAUGCAUUCAUGCAACAAAUAAUACAUCAGGAGCUGAAGAGGAGUUGUCUUGUAGACUUUUAGGAGAAACAGAAGUUAAAGGUCAAACCUACAGGUUCACAAUUCAUAUUCAUGGUCAUAUUUAAUUUUAAUCUCAUGUUAUAUUAUAUAUUACAUAUAUAUAUAUCUCAAAUUGAAUUGAAUAGCAAUGAACACCGGCAACAUAUCAGAGUUUCAGGAACCAAGACAACAUAUUUUAGGCCUUUAUUCAACAUAAUUACUUUUGCUCAAAAGAGCCAUAAAUUGAACAAUGGAAAUCACAAAAUGUUUUCAGUAGUGAUUUGCACAAUUUAAUGUCCCUGUCUCUUUUUGCUUUAUUUUUUUGAGUUUAUUAAGUUACUUUGAACUGUGUAUGUAAAUAUUUAAACUUCUUUUUUGCUCACAACUUCUUUUCCAAUCUGCCACCUUUUUUUGGGAUUGAAAGGGCCCACAGUCUUUCAGUUUACCACUAUUGACUAUUGGUGUGUGUAUGUGUGUGUGUGUGGAAACAAAAUGAACUCUUACAAAAGCCA